AUGAGUUUCCACCCAAAUACUUCUCUUCACUUGAAUAUCCCAGACGACAAUAAUGCUCCAUUACUGAAUCUGAAUCUUCUUCUUGAACCUUCCUCUUCUUCUGCUUCUUCAUGUUCAAUUACAGCUUCCAAUUCCAAGGAGCCCAGGAUUUUCUCUUGCAAUUAUUGCCAGAAAAAAUUCUACAGCUCUCAAGCUCUAGGAGGAUCGGACCACCAGCACCACUUGAGCUUCAAUGCAUCGAACCAUCUUAGCAAUUGGGUCAGGUCGUCGCAGGAGGCGCUGGGCGUGUUCGUGAACCAAGGUCACGGCGGAAGGACGACGAGAGAUUUUAGCUAUGGUUCCAAGGAAAUUGUUCAGGAGGAUAUUAGCCAGCUUGACCUCUCAUUAAGGCUGUAA